CCUAUUCCAGAGCGCUCCUCAGUGGCAGCAACUCACGGUAACCAUGAGAAUCAUGCGAGAGCUGCCACUGUUGACGUUUCAACAUUAAAGGGCAAAUGGCUUUACGGUUACCAGGGCUGGUUUCGUAAGCCAGCCGCUGGUGUCAACAACCACUGGUCCCCUAACGGUGGUACUCCGGGACCUGGCAAUGUUGAGGUUGACUUUCUCCCUGAUGUUAGCCAGUACCCAUCGAGUUGUUUGUUCCCCUCUACUCUUACUGCGCCAAAUGGCCAACCGGUGCAGCUGUACGACAACACUUGCGAAGGCGUGGUGGACUUGCACUUUAAGUGGAUGCAACAGUAUGGAAUUGAUGGUGUUGUUGUGCAGCGUUUCCUGAGCCACCUUAGCGACGCGUCUUUCAUCACGGUCCUCAACCAAGUUGAAGCCGCAGCUGUAAAGUACGGCCGAGGCUUCAUCGUCGAAUAUGAUGCUUCCGGCGGCAACUCCUCUGCCAGCAGCGUCGCAAACGCGAUCCUGGCCGACUACAACUCUGUCGUCAAGUCUUACACAACUUCAUCGGCCUACAUCCACCAGAACGGAAAGCCGGCGGUCAUGGUGUUUGGCGUGGGAUUUUCUACCGUGGCCAUCAGCGUCAGCGACGGAGCCAACAUUGCCACUCAGCUCAAGAACGCGGGAGCCUACGUUGGCUUUGGAGUGCCGUCGACCUUUGGCUCAGAUGUGCGGGCAAACACUGGCUUUGCGUCUGCGUACAAGGCGGCCAACUUGAUCAGCCCGUGGACUGUCGGCAGCUACAGCGAGGGCGGAUACAUGGCGGGCUACCACACGACGACGCAGAUUCCAGACAGCCAAACUCUGCAGUCGCUUGGAAUUGACCACGCUCCUCUCGUCUGGCCCGGCACAUCAGCCUACCAUCUCAACGGCGUCACCACCCCAUCUGCCUUUGACUACUUCCCCCGCUUCAACGGCUCUUUCUACUCGAUGCAGGCAGAUGCCGUUACUUCUCUGGCCGUCAAGCCCCUGUUUGUCUUCAACGCCAUGUUUGACGAGAUGAACGAAGGAACCGGAAACCUGCCCUCUCUGAAGACGAAUCAGCUUCCCACUAAUGAAAAGUUUGUGGGAUACGACAACACUUUUGCCAACACGUCGUUUUAUCUGGCGCUUGGUGGACAGAAGGCGGCUGCGUUUGCCAAGGCGGUAAACUAG